AUGGGUUCGAUCGUACUGCCUCACCUUCGAACUGCUUGGCAUGUUGACCAGGCCAUCCUCUCCGAAGAGGAACGCCUUGUGGUGAUUCGCUUCGGGCGCGACCACGAUCCCGACUGUAUUCGUCAGGAUGAACUCCUAUACAAGAUUGCCGAGCGGGUGAAGAACUUCGCCGUCAUUUACCUGUGCGACAUCGACGAGGUCCCCGAUUUCAACUCGAUGUACGAGCUCUACGAUACGAUGACGAUCAUGUUCUUCUACCGCAAUAAACACAUGAUGUGCGAUUUCGGAACGGGUAACAAUAACAAGUUGAAUUGGGUGUUGGAAGACAAGCAGGAGUUGAUCGACAUCAUCGAAACCAUCUACAAGGGCGCGAAGAAGGGCCGUGGUUUGGUCGUCAGUCCAAAGGAUUAUUCGACGAGAUACCGAUACUGA